UUCCCCUCACAGACGGUGUUGAGGUAGGAUGAUGAAGGAAGAGGUGAAGGGAAUUCCUGUAAAAGUGGCCCUGCGAUGUCGCCCUCUGGUCCCCAAAGAGAUUAGUGAGGGCUGCCAGACGUGCCUUUCCUUCGUACCCGGGGAGCCGCAGGUGGUGGUUGGUAACGACAAAUCCUUCACCUACGAUUUUGUGUUUGACCCCUCUGCUGAACAGGAAGAAGUCUUCAAUACAGCAGUAGCACCACUCAUAAAAGGCAUAUUUAAAGGAUACAAUGCAACGGUCCUGGCCUAUGGACAGACUGGUUCUGGAAAGACCUACUCCAUGGGAGGCGCAUACACUGCAGAGCAAGAGAAUGAACCAACAGUUGGGGUCAUUCCUCGGGUGAUACAAAUGCUCUUCAAAGAAAUUGACAAGAAGAGUGACUUCGAAUUUACGCUGAAGGUGUCAUACUUGGAGAUUUACAAUGAAGAAAUCUUGGAUCUUCUAUGCCCACCUCGUGAGAAAACCUCUCAGAUAAACAUACGAGAGGAUCCUAAGGAAGGCAUAAAGAUUGUGGGACUCACUGAGAAGACUGUUUUAGUUGCCCUGGAUACUGUUUCCUGUUUGGAGCAGGGCAACAACUGUAGGACUGUGGCCUCCACAGCGAUGAACUCCCAGUCAUCCCGCUCUCAUGCCAUCUUUACAAUCUCCAUAGAACAAAGAAAGAAAAAUGACAAGAAUAGCAGCUUUCGCUCCAAAUUGCAUCUUGUAGACCUUGCUGGAUCAGAAAGGCAGAAGAAAACCAAGGCGGAAGGGGAUCGUCUCAAAGAGGGUAUUAAUAUUAACCGAGGCCUCCUGUGCUUGGGAAAUGUAAUCAGUGCUCUCGGAGAUGACAAAAAGGGAGGCUUUGUGCCCUAUAGAGAUUCCAAGUUGACGCGGCUGCUUCAAGAUUCUCUAGGAGGUAAUAGCCACACUCUUAUGAUAGCCUGCGUGAGCCCUGCUGACUCCAAUCUAGAAGAAACAUUAAAUACCCUUCGCUAUGCUGACAGAGCAAGAAAAAUCAAGAACAAACCUGUUGUUAAUAUCGAUCCCCAGACAGCUGAACUUAAUCAUCUGAAGCGACAGGUACAACAGCUACAGGUCUUGUUGCUACAAGCCCAUGGAGGGACCCUGCCUGUAUCUAUAAAUGCAGAACCAUCAGAGAAUCUACAGUCUUUGAUGGAGAAGAAUAAGUCCCUGAUAGAGGAGAAUGAAAAAUUAAGUCGUGGUCUGAGCGAGGCAGCUGGUCAGACGGCCCAGAUGUUGGAAAGGAUCAUUUUGACAGAACAAGCAAAUGAAAAAAUGAACGCCAAGCUAGAAGAGCUCAGACAGCACGAAGCCUGUAAAGUGGAUCUUCAAAAGCUAGUGGAGACUUUGGGAGACCAGGAACUAAAAGAAAAUGUAGAGAUAAUUCGCAACCUGCAGCAACUGAUUACCCAAAUGUCGGAUGAAACGGUGGCUUGCAUGACUGCGGCCAUUGAUACUGCAGCGGAACCAGAAGCUCUACUGGAAACCUGUCCCCAGACCAGCAGGUCUUCCGAUGGCUUUACCACUCAGCAUGCUCUACGUCAAGCUCAGAUGUCUAAGGAGCUGGUCGAGUUGAAUAAAGCCCUUGCACUGAAAGAGGCCCUGGCCAGGAAGAUGACCCAGGAUGGCAGCCAACUACAGCCCAUUCAGUUCCAGUACCAGGAUAACAUAAAAAAUCUAGAAUUGGAAGUCAUCAAUCUGCAGAAGGAAAAGGAAGAACUGCUUGCUGAAAUUCAGACAACAAAGAAGGAUGUCAACCAAGCCAAGUUGAGUGAGCGCCGCCGCAAACGUCUCCAGGAGCUAGAGGGUCAAAUAGCUGAUCUGAAGAAGAAACUGAACGAACAGUCCAAACUUCUGAAGCUGAAAGAAUCCACAGAACAUACUGUCUCCAAACUGAACCAGGAGAUACGGGUGAUGAAAAACCAGCGGGUACAGUUAAUGCGUCAGAUGAAAGAAGAUGCUGAGAAGUUUAGACAGUGGAAGCAACAAAAAGACAAAGAAGUAAUCCAAUUAAAAGAACGAGACCGAAAGAGGCAAUACGAGCUGCUGAAACUUGAAAGAAACUUCGAGAAACAGUCUAAUGUGCUUAGACGUAAAACAGAGGAGGCAGCAGCUGCCAACAAGAGGCUCAAGGAUGCUCUCCAGAAACAACGGGAAGUUGCAGAUAAGCGGAAGGAGACUCAGAACCGUGGGAUGGAAGGCACCGCCACGCGAGUGAAGAGCUGGCUUGGAAAUGAAAUCGAGGUUAUGGUCAGUACUGAGGAAGCCAAACGCCAUCUGAAUGACCUUCUUGAAGACAGAAAGAUCCUGGCUAAGGAUCUGGCUGAACUCAAAGAAAAACAGGAAUCUGGGGAGAAUCUACCUCCUAAACUCCGGAGGCGCACAUUCUCACUUGCUCAACUGCCUGGUCAAGUUUCUGACUCAGAGGAUUCCAUUACAAAGCAGAUUGAAAGCCUAGAGACUGAAAUGGAACUCAGGAACGCUCAGAUUGCCGACCUCCAGCAGAAGCUGCUGGACGCAGAAAGUGAAGACAGGCCAAAGCACCGCUGGGAGAAUAUUGCUACUAUCCUGGAAGCCAAGUGUGCCCUGAAAUAUUUAAUUGGAGAGCUGGUCUCCUCCAAAAUACAGGUCAGCAAGCUCGAAAGCAUUCUCAAACAGAGCAACGCCAGCUGUGCCGACAUGCAGAAGAUGCUGUUUGAGGAGCGAAAUCACUUUGCCGAAAUCGAGACAGAGUUGCAGGCAGAGCUGUUCAGAGUGGAGCAGCAGCACCAAGAGAAGGUGCUGUACCUUCUCAGCCAGCUGCAGCAAAGCCAGAUGGCAGAGAAGCAGCUGGAGGUGUCCGUCGGUGAAAAGGAACAACAGCUGCAGAGCACACUGAAGUGUCAGGAAGAAGAACUGGAGAAGAUGCGAGAAGUGUGUGCGCAAAAUAAGCAGCUUCUCCGAGAGAAUGAAAUCAUAAAGCAGAAACUGACUCUCCUUCAAGUAGCCAGCAAACAGAAACCUCAUCUUCCUAAGGAUACCCCUCUCUCUCCAGACUCUUCUUUCGAAUAUAUCCCACCUCAGCCGAGACCUUCCCGUUUGAAAGAAAAGUUCCUGGAGCAAAGCAUGGACAUCGAGGAUCUACAGUAUUGUUCAGAGCAAUCAGUGAAUGGGCCUGAGGACACUGAUAUUGACGAUGGGGAUGACGAGGAAUGGAAACCGACAAAAUUCUUGAAGAUGUGCAAGAAGAACAUCCAAGGGUGUUCCUGCAAGGGCUGGUGUGGGAACAGGCAGUGUGGGUGCCGGAGACAGAAGUCGAACUGCGACACGGACUGCAGCUGUGACCCCACAAAGUGUAGGAACCGUCAGCAAGACAAGGACAGCUUGGGCACUAUUGAGCGGACCCAGGAUUCCGAAGGCUCCUUCAAACUGGAGGAUCCCACGGAGGUGACUCCAGGAAUGAGCUUCUUCAACCCCGUCUGUGCCACUCCAAACAGCAAGAUCCUGAAAGAGAUGUGUGAGGUGGAGCAGGUUCUGUUAAAGACAGCUCCAAAUGCCUCCUCCCUCAGCCUCCCGGAGUUGAAACAUGUCACCGCAGAAUCCCAAGAGAAUAAGGCUCCAGGGAAGAAAAAGAAACGAGCUCUGACCAGCAACAUGAGCUUCUUCUCGGGCUGCUCCCCUGCUGAAGAAGAAGUCCACUGAGCUUGGACUCGUUGCCUCUGCCUCAUUCUGGCUUGGGAGAUGCGAUCCAGUAGCAGCCAGAGGGUUGUUGGGUUUUGGUUUGUUUUUUUUGUUUGUUUUUUUUUUUUUAAUGACUCCUCUAGAUUUCAGGUUUCUUGCUGUUGUAAAAGGGGGACAGCGUGUUACUGAGAGGGAAGGAACACUUGUUGGACUAGCGUUCUCUCCUCCGGAAGGGCGCCAAGCCACCUGCCGAGGAGCGAACCAACUGACCUUCCUGCUGACUCUCAGGAACCAGUCGCCCCUGUACAAUGUAGCUCCUUGCGAUUCUCAGACAGUGAAGGCUGUCCCCCAGUGGGGACAAGGUGGCCAAGUCUGUCUUAUCUCUGGGUUGUCUCAGCCUAAUGGCGGAGCCCGGCCUAGGGGGUGGGGGGUGGGGGUGAGGAGCAGCGGCACCAGUCCUUCACACCCACCUCAGGAAGGGGGUCUCCGUGGUGCUGAAGUAAAUGAAACCUCUAAAAAUGUUAAUGUUUUAAUGAUGUAAAUAAAUAAAUAAAGUUUAGUGCCACUGCCGUUUGCAAAGACCCUUCUGUGCUCCACUUUCAACCUGCAUUUCUCGGCCCCUGGGAAGGCCACGAAGGACAAUCCAUGCAAGCCACCAGGGCCUCACUACCUUGUCGCAGCCUCUGUCCCCUGAGGGGUGUACGGAACACCAUGGUGUGUCUUUGCGUCGCUCUGCCACCUUAGGAAAUCGGAAGCCCACUACCAAGGCCUGUGACCUGACCUCCACUGCACAGCCUGCCUGGCCUCUGGACUUGGGAAGCAGGGACCAUAUUGUACACACUAAGCAUCUGUGUGCACCUGCCACAGUUUUAUUUGAAGUCACAGAGUUAGUGAGUAAUAGAGCUAGGACUUGAACCCAGGUCUAAUGCCAGAGCUUCCUGCAUGACUGGAGUGGCAGCGGUGACGAUCCCUAUCGCCCCGCAGCCUGACUUCUUGUGGGAGCAGAGCGUGGGGCUGCACUUCUCCUUUGAAAGGGGAGUGGUGGGCCGUGGCUCACUCCUUAUUCAGUAUCAGCGCUCUACAUUUCUGCUUACAGCGAAAAAAGGGGCCAGCCCUGGAAUGCCAAACGCUGGUUGCUGACUGGCCUUGCCGCCUUCUGAAGAGUUUGCAAGCCCUGGGCAGCCUGUUGUAUCCAUGCAUUCUGAAUCCUAGCUGCCCCCCUCAUAAAAGCUCCCUCCCAAAGCACCCCUCAGAAUUUGGCACAUGAAAGCCAAGACUCUAGAAUCCACCAGAACCAAGCAAAGGAAGGUAGAGGACGCCCUGCUGAGAAUGAGGCCUGCAGGAGCGCUGGGUGUCCCUGCAGCCCUCGCUGGCCUCCAGCCAACAAGCAGCCCUGCUUCUCUGCAUUUUAAUGUCGAGGGAGCAGGAGAGCCUCUGCCAUGGCCAACUAGAGCCCCUGGAUACAAUGGGAAGGCAGAGAGAGGGAGGGGGGCUGUCUCUUGGCAUAACAGUCUCCCUUCCUGCUGCUCCAGACCCAGUGCGCACUGGGGGAGGGGAAACAGCUAUCCCCAGAGAAGCAUCCUCUCCCACCAACACAGCGCUAGCGCACAGGCUCUGAGCCACUGCAUCAGCCUAAAGGGAGACAGGGGAAGGUCCCUCAAGGCAGCCCCCAGCCCCCAUCCCGCCCAGAGCCCUGUGCUGUAGCACUCAAGCUGACUGCAAGCACGCUAGCCAGCCCUCUCUGCCGCUGGUGUAGUGACAGCAUCUUUUGUAUGUUGUGGAUGAAAAAGGGACCAUAUAUGAAACCUGACCAGCUCAGGAGAGGCCUGCGCGGCAGCCUUACAAACACAGAGACCGAAAGUGACCACGUAGGA